UAAAAGUGCGGAGCAGUCAGAGGAGCAGCAGUGAGAACAGCAGGCAGGUGGGAAGAUUGCAGGGACUCCUCAAAGCAAGCACUGUAACAAGGAACUCUUCUGUCUUGCUGCCCAGCCUCCUUACAGCACAGGGAUAGCUUUACUACCAAGUUAUGCUGACUCGGUGCAACAAGCUGCCUGCUCUGCAAUAUGCUGCCACCCAAGGAACACCCCAGAGUUGCCAGCAGCUGCACAGCUUCAAAUGGCAGCCUCCUUCCUGGCUACUUUGUGCCAUUCUCUUGGUAUCUUGGGCUGCCAGCUGCAAAGGUUUCCCACUGUCACCCAAUGCACUUCAAGAGCAAGAACUGCAGCUGUGGAAUGAACUUGGCAAUGAUUGUUCUACAAUCCUGUCAGAUUCACAGUCACUGGGGGGUAGCACAUUAGAAGAGCUGUGCUUCAUGAUUAUGGGUAUUCUGCAGAAGUCUCAGGGUUCAGAUGAAAAAGAAGAGAGCAAAAGGGAGGAAGUACAAGGACCAGGACUCAGCAGAGGUUACUUUCUGUUCCGGCCACGUAAUGGAAGGAGAUCAGCAAUUUUCCGUUAACAGGUUACUGAAGUGACCAAAAGAAGCAUUCGGCUGAAAUGGAAAUACAAUGUCCUUUACACUUGUGUAACUCUAUAACGAUCAGUCUUGAAUGUGAAGCUUACUGUUACCUAAAUGAUUCAUAUUAUUAUUAUUUUUUGGCUGAGGGCGCCAGAAUUUGCUUCAUUUGUUAAAUAAAUUAAAAGCAUAUUCAAAGAUAUUGUUUUUCUUUUAAGUGUUUAAAAUGUUUUUAAUGAUGGUGUGUAAUAGGGACUUGACUGAUGUGCAUGAGGACUUCUAAUUACUAAUACUGCUGCACCUGUUUAUUUUGAACUGUAAAUAAAUGCACUCCUCCGAGUGUUGUUUUUAUGAUA